GUUUUCAGCAACAGCGCAGGUAGACCUUAAAAAGUAGACGGAAACAAGAAACCAGAAACACCUGUUCCCAUUAUGAAUGUCUUUCUUACUGCUUGCCAGGGAGCAUAGGGCAUCCAGCUUCCUCGUGCAGCCACACUCACGGUGAGACAGGUGAGCUGAACAGGUGCUCAGCAGGUGUGGACGUCACAAUGCACAAGAGCCUGAAAAACAGCCCGACAGUGUUCUACAAACCAAUGCCAGCUGUGUCGGAAAUAAGAUCUGGAUACCUGUAUAAGUCUCCUCCCCACAGACGGAUUGUGGCAGGGGUAACUCAAUCGAAAUUAUGGAAGAAGCGUUACUUCAUCCUGUUCAAAAUCAGCGAUCGAGAGUAUCAUUUCAAGUACUUCAGGAAUAAAAAUGAGAAGGAAAGACCACUUGGCGGCAUAGACUUGUCACAGAUCUCAGUGCUGCAGGUGAGCCCCCAACAUCACACCAGAUGGACAUGGAUCCAAAAGAGCUUCAAGUGCUCCCCAUCCUGUGUGCUCUACAUCAGGACAGCUGACCGGGACUACUUCCUGGUUGGAGAGAACAGUGAGGAAGUGGACGGCUGGUUCUCUGACCUGUAUGAUUCCCUGGAAAACCGUCCACAUACGUUACUCAAUUCACAGGAAGCAUCUGGUAACAAGUUAACAAUUGAGACAAUUUCACCUCCCAUUGUUCGGCAACCUAAUCCUGCCGAUGUGCUUGAAAAGGAUGAACCCAAAAUGCGCUCCAUGUCUGAUCCAUCGUCAAACAUUCUGGACGGCGACACUGAAAAAUCGAAGCAGAGAGAAGACAAUAUCAAAAGACCUACAUCCGAGCCUGUGAAUCCAGUCUAUGACUAUCCAAGACCCGUCCCAAAGCAAAAAGCCCUAGAGAAUGGUGCAAGGCGUCGCCACAGCAUCGAUUCACUGUAUGAAAACAUGGGAAAAUGUCGGGAACACGAUGGAGUCGUUGAGGAAGAAGAUACAGAAGUUGAAGAACUUAACAAAGCUGCACAAAGCACCCUGAUGAGGACUGUCAAUCAGGCCUUUGACAAAAUGAAGACUCAAAUUUCCCCACCACCUAAGUGCACUGAGGAGCCGGCCACCGAAGACAGAGAAGAGACGCAGCCGUCUUCAGAUUUUAGCAGCAGCUCCAGCGACAACGACGCCACGUCUCCCAUAGGUUCACUGGAAAGACCGACCGGGAGCAGGAUGGACAAACGAAACUCCGCUGAUAGCAUCGACCACGUCGCUCCAGAUGAGAGAAAUCUGAUGGUGAAUAUGGCCGAUGUGAAAAAACACCUGACACUCACAGAUGUGGACGGGAAACCGUGUGUGUCUGGGUGGACGGGUCAGCCACAGUCGGUGUGUCUGUUCCACAAAGGAGACAACAUCGUGGCGGUGAACGACCUGCACACCGGCACCGUGGAGGAGUUCAACUUGUACAUCAGCAAGUCGCUCAAAGCCGAGGUGAAGCUCACCAUCCUGCGUCUACCUGGAUGCCAGCCUCUACAUUCCCUGAGCUGCUACUGCACCGACUAUUCAACAAACAACUGAUCACAAAGGACGAGACGCACGUCCUUAAAAUGAGUCUUCGGUUGCAGUUUGGACAAAGUUUCCAAACAGGACUGCGGCCGCUCUUUAUCAGUGUGUCACUCUCAAUUAUUUUAAAAGAUAGAAGUUAUUUUAGGAAUAAUAAUCGUGAUCUGUAAACGGGUACAAAUGUGCCACAUUUGCCGAAAGCGUUGCCAAAAAUAGAAACAAAGGGCAGGCGGGUCCGGCGACAUACUUCUUGUUUCACGGCACCUUGACGUGAGUUAUUUUUGUCACACAGUUGAGGCAAAAGGAAAACAGAGCGAGGAGGCGUGUCGUGACAAAAAAAAAAAAAGAAAAAUGGUGUAAAUAUGCUCAGUGAUUACUGUGUUUAACCUUUUAAAAAUGUCUCGUACUGUAAUUGUCAACACACAACCAGCCGUAACAUAAUGACCACUGCGUUUCCAGUAGGGGUGGGCGAUACUGGGAAUUUUGGUAUCAAUCCGAUAUCAAGUAAAUAAAUCGAUACCAAUGAAUACAUCGCCGAAAUGUCACUGAAAAACUUUUUAUUUUUCGCCUUUAGUUAGUUGAUUAUGAUUAUUAAUAAAACGCAGGACAAAUAUUUUAGUCAAAUAAACCUGUUUCCAUCAACUAAUUACAAUUUAAAAUGAUUCAACAGUAUAGACAUUAAAUAAUUCCCCUUUUUCUACACACACAAUUGGGUCAUUUGUGCAAAAUAAGAAAAAGCAACAAAAAUAUAAAUAUAACAACAAUGAAAAAGAAAGUCAGCUGAGCAAGUAAACAGUAAACAAAAGCAACAAUGUAAUAAAAAAUAUAAAAACUGCUCAGAGAGGGAAAUGUUGGCUCAUUUAUUUUCCACCAGAGAAGUGAGUCUGUGUCCUGUAUAAGUGUUUUCUCUUCUGAAUACUUCAGCAUAUACCUGAUACUUCUGUGAUGUUUGGAUUUGAGUGUCAACCUCUGUCAAUAUCCACCUUUUCCUACAGGUGGAGAUGGAGAAGCUCCACGGUCUUGCAUUAACACGGACGUAUAGAAGAGAAACUGUAACAAAAGUAUUGAUCUAAUCACGCUAGUAUCGAUUCAGCACUGAUACUGGCCUCGGUAUCGAUACACAAUAUUAGGAAGGUGGUCAUAAUGUUAUGUCUGAUCAGUGCAAAGUGAACGUAAAGCAGCAGCUCAUCUGAUAUCUGCCAACAAAUCCUGAACGUGACUUCCUAUAUUUAGAAAUCAGAAAGUGUGUGUGACCUCCACCAGGAGGUGUCUCGUAAGUCACGGCUGUAAAAUAAAUAGAGAGCACGUGAAAUAAACAAUGAAAAAGGAGAAUAAAACGAAUAAAAAGUCACUAAAAUUCCUACACACGUGUUUUUUUUAAAUUUGAUUGUUUAUCCCCAGAAAUAUUGUCGAGAACGACUCGGUUAAGGCCGUUCUUCCCUUGUGAUGCUCAGGUUUUGCCGUAUUGUAAAUAAACGCAUCCUAUUUAGGGGGGUGUAGCUAAAAAAGCAUCAUGAAUAACUUUUUUUUCCUGUAUUGAAGAACAUCCCAUAACAAAAUCCAGGCUCUGCUUCUGAGAUAUUUUACAGUUAAUUGAUUUUAUUCGUGCAUUUUAAAAAUCCGUUCGUUGUUUUAAUGUUGUAUAUUUCUACCUUAAAGUUAUGCAUAAUUCUCCAACCUGCCCGAGAUUUCUCAAAUACUCGUAGAUUAUAUCAACGUGUAAUAUAACUAUUGUCACCGUCAUUGUAUUCUCAUAUGUGCACACUGUAAACUAUACUGUACACUAUACUCACUAUACUGUAAACUACACUGUACACUAUACUCACUAUACUGUAAACUACACUGUACACUAUACUCACCAUACUGUAAACUAUACUGUACACUAUACUCACUAUACUGUAAACUAUACUGUACACUAUACUCACCAUACUGUAAACUAUACUGUACACUAUACUCACUAUACUGUAAACUAUACUAAAUGAUUCUAUAAUGAAAGCUUGUUGACCCUCAUAUGUUCUGUUUAUCCAUCAUCAGUCUUUUAGACUUGGUCACAGUAGAAAGAAAAGAAAAAAAAAAAUAAAAGAAAGAAAAACAGAUGAAGACCGUGGAGAUGGAGAAAGAGUGGAAGGAGGAAAAUGAAAGAAAAGGGGAGAAGAAGAAAGAGGAAGGAGGAAGCAUGGGAGGAAGAGGAGGAAGAGGAAAAGUAGUCGGGGAAUGAUGACGUCACGCCCCAUGAGUGGCUAAAACACGGUGAAAUGUGUCACUAAGUACAGCGAGACCAGGAAAAAUGUGGAUUAUCAGGUCAAAUUAAGGACAAUUGGAC